CCUGGAGGCUUCCCCCGCCCCACGCGCUUCCUGGGUGGGGCCGGGGCGGCUUCAAAACCCCCCGCCGCCCUGGCCGGUCCCCGCCGACGCCGCCCUUCGCGCCCCGGUCCGUCCCCCUCCCUCCUCCCGCCGCGGAUCCGCCAGACAGCGAGGCCCCCGACCGGGGGCAGGGGGGACGCCCCCUCCGGGGCACCCCCCCGGCUCGGAGCUGCCCGCGGGCAGAGCCUGGGCCCCGAGCGCAGCUGAGCGGAGGAAGGAGCCGCCGAGGAGCAGCCCGAGGCCACAGUCUGAGAAGAGCCGCCCCCGCCGCCGCCGCCGCCGCCGCCGCCACUGCGGGGAGGAGGGGGAGGAGGAGCGGGAGGAGGGACGAGCUGGUUGGGAGAAGAGGAAAAAAGUUUUGAGACUUUUCCGCUGCGGCUGGGAGCCGGAGGCUCGGGGACCGCUUGGCGCGGCGCUGGCCCAGGGGGAGGCAGGACUUGGGGACCCCAGGCCGCCCCUUUCCUCACCGCCUCGGACGCUUGCUCCCUCGCUGCCUCCUACACAGCGACCCCCGUUCCGGACCAGCCCUCCGAGCCUCGGACCCUUUCUCCCGCGAAGGCUUUGCCCCAGCCUCAGGCUCACCUUCUGCCCGUCUCCUGAACCCCGAGCAUCCUAGGACCUUCCCUCCUCUGGGGACGGGUCUCAGCCCUGCUCCAGCUCCCCUACUCAAGACCACCCACCUUCUGGUAGUAGAACUCGCCUGUCUCCGUUUCUUUCGUGGGAUACCGAGACACCCUGGCCACAGCCUCCCCUCCACCCCUGCUUCUGUCUUCCUGAGGGCCUCAACUUUUGCCUGAGACCCUCCUCCCUUACCCCGGGAGACCCUCAGCCCCUUCAGGGGCGGGGCCUCCCCAUCCCACCCCAGCCCUGUUCGCGCUCUCGGCAGUGCCGGGGUGCGCCGCCUCCCCCAUGCCGCCCUCCGGGCUACGGCUGCUUCUGCCGCUGCUGCUGCUGCCGCUGCUGUGGCUCCUAGUGUUGACGCCCGGCCGGCCGGCCGCGGGACUGUCCACCUGCAAGACCAUCGACAUGGAGCUGGUGAAGCGGAAGCGCAUCGAGGCCAUCCGCGGCCAGAUCCUGUCCAAACUGCGGCUCGCCAGUCCCCCGAGCCAGGGGGAGGUGCCGCCCGGUCCGCUUCCCGAGGCCGUGCUCGCCCUGUACAACAGCACCCGCGACCGGGUGGCCGGGGAGAGCGCCGAGCCGGAGCCGGAGCCCGAGGCCGACUACUACGCCAAGGAGGUCACCCGCGUGCUAAUGGUGGACAGCAACAACAAAAUCUACAAAAAAUACAAAGAAAGCCGGCAUAGCGUCUAUAUGCUGUUUAACACGUCAGAGCUCCGGGAAGCAGUGCCCGAGCCCGUGUUGCUGUCCAGGGCAGAGCUGCGCCUGCAGAGGCUCAAGUUACAGCAGGAGCAGCACGUGGAGCUGUACCAGAAAUACAGCAACGAUUCCUGGCGCUACCUCAGCAACCGGCUGCUGGCCCCAAGCAACACAGCAGAGUGGUUGUCCUUCGAUGUCACUGGAGUUGUGCGACAGUGGCUGAGCCACGGAGAGGAAAUAGUGGGUUUCCGCCUCAGCACCCACUGCUCCUGUGACAACAAAAAUAAUGUCCUCCAAGUGGACAUCAACGGGAUCACUACCAGCCGCCAAGGUGAGCAAAUCACCAUUGAGAACACACAACUGCCCUUCUUGUUACUCACCGUCACUUUUCCGGAGGAGGCCCAGCAGCUCCACAGCGCCCAGCACAGCUGAGCCCUGGACACCAACUACUGCUUCAGGUAGGCAUUGUGGCCUAACAGGUAAACCAGCUGCCUGCACCGCCAGCAUCCCAUAUGGGCUCCAGUCUGAUGCCUGGCUGCUCUACUUUGAUCCCACUUCCUACUAAUUAACCUGGGAAAGCAACGAAGAUACCCCAAGUGCUUCGGCACCCACGUGGGAGGUCCGUAUGAAGCUCUGGCUCCUGGCUUUGGCCUGCCCCAGCCCUGGACAUUUGGGGAGUGCACAAGCAGAUGGAAGCUUGCUCGCUUGCUCUCUCUCCCUAUCUCUGUAACUCUGCCUUUCAAAAAAGUAAAAUAAGUAUUUUAAAUAAAUGAAUAAUAAGCUAAUAAA